CAGUGACCGGCAUUUGGUGUAGUGGAAUUUUGUGUGUGAAUUAUCUCGAUUUGUUGUGCAAAGAAUAUUUCAAGAAACAAAAGAAAUCCCUUUGCUUGUUGCAACGAUGCCUCGCGGUAUCAUUACAUUACAGCUGGGCCAAUGCGGCAAUCAGAUUGGAUUUGAGUUCUGGAAGAGGCUCUGUCUGGAACAUGGCAUUUCACCGUCCGGAAUGUUGCAAGAAUUUGCGACAGAUGGUAUCGACCGGAAGGAUGUGUUCUUCUAUCAAGCGGAUGAUGAUCACUAUAUUCCUCGGGCGGUUCUGCUGGACUUGGAACCGCGUGUGAUUCAUUCUAUUAUGUCUUCGCAAUACGCAAAGUUGUACAACCCAGAGAAUGUAUACCUAUCGAAGGACGGUGGUGGUGCCGGUAACAAUUGGGCUUCCGGUUUCUCUCAGGGCGAAAAACUGCACGAGGAAGUGUUCGACAUUAUUGACCGCGAAGCAGAUGGUACCGAAAGUCUCGAGGGUUUCGUUCUUUGCCAUUCGAUUGCUGGUGGAACUGGGUCUGGAAUGGGUUCAUACAUUAUGGAGCGUCUCUCUGAUCACUUUCCGAAGAAGCUGAUCCAAACGUACAGCGUAUUCCCGAACCAGGACGAAAUCAGUGAUGUUGUGGUUCAACCAUACAACAGUCUCCUUACGCUCCGCCGUUUAACCAGUUGUGCCGAUUGUGUGGUUGUCCUGGACAAUACCGCCCUGAAUCGCAUUGCCACUGAUUGGUUGCGUUUGGAGAAUCCAAGCUUUGCUCAGAUUAACACGCUGGUAUCGACCAUCAUGUCCGUCAGCACGACAACUCUUCGUUAUCCAUCGUACAUGAACAAUAGUCUAAUUGAGCUGAUUGCCCCGUUGAUUCCCACGUCCCAGCUGCACUUUCUCAUGACCGGUUACACGCCUCUGACGACGGAAUCGGAUUUGCAGGCGGUUCAGAAAACGACCGUGCUCGAUGUGAUGCGCCGUUUGCUUCAGCCAAAGAACAUGAUGGUGUCGACGGGUCCGGACAAAACUAACCACCAUAGGUAUAUUUCCAUAUUAAAUAUCAUCCAGGGCGAGGUGAAUCCGUCCCAAGUGCAUCAAUCGAUUCAGCGGAUUCGGGAGCGCAAACUGGCGCAGUUUAUCCCGUGGGGCCCGGCCAGCAUUCAGGUGGCCCUGUCGCGUAGUAGCCCCUACGUGCAGAGUAGCCACCGUGUUUCGGGAUUGAUGUUGGCCAACCACACCAGUAUUUGCUCUCUUUUCGAGCGAGCCCUCGGCCAGUACGAUAAGCUGCGGAAGCGGGGCGCCUUCUUGGACCAGUUUCGUAAAGAGGACAAAUUUAAGGAUGACCUGAGCGAACUGGACGAAUCGCGCGACGUGGUUGAAGCGCUUGUGCAAGAGUACGAGAUGGCCACGAAGGAGAACUAUCUCAGCUGGCACGCGAGCCGUACGGCCGAAAACGACGACCGUAUGAAUAAGUAAACGUUUCCCAGCCAGCUGUGAUCGUUGUAGUGCUAUUAGCUUCACCUAUUUUUAUUUUACUCUUUCAAUGCGAUGGUUACAAAUGGCGCAUCACUUUUAUUUCAAAACUGAAAAAGAAUGGCACAGCCGCUAGGGACCCAGUACGGAAUCUUAUUCAGGAAUCUCUAGCAACUCAUACAGUAGAUAUGGAUAUUCGAUUAAUUGUGCCAAUUGAAAGAGAAGAUAUGUUGGAUAAUCAAUGUUGUUGCGAGUGAUUAUUAUUCAUUAUAUCCCAGAAUGGAACCCUCUAAGAUAGGAGUAUUUUUUUAAACAAACAUAUCCGAGUUUCUUUGAGGAAAUGAAAAAUGAAAAAAA